GUAAAAUUGUUUGUGUUGUCUUUGCUUUCGUGUUGUUUGGUUUGGACAUAAAAUGGCGAAAAGUUUAAGCUGUGCGUGCGCGCAUAUUGCAAUUUUCUUAACUAUUUACGGAUCAAUACAGUGUGUCAAAUCAAUAUCUGGCGAUGCAUACAACAAUAUUGCCACACAACUCACAUAUAUACAACCGGAUGAGAUAGUACAGCUGACGCCAGCGCAACUGCUACGACAGCGACGAGCUGCUCCAAUCACGGAUGCCGCAGCAACAUCGGGCUCGGGCACGCAGGAUCUCAAGACACAAUACCAAAGUGUUAGCGCUAGCGCUAAUGUUAACAGCAGCGUUGCCAGUGGCGAUGGCAAGCCUACAGUUAUGGGCAGCAUUAGCUACAAUGUGGGUGUAAAUGGCGCCGGCCAGCGCAAGGAAUAUGGCGAGCCGUCUGUCAACAGCAGCAGUAACAGCAGCAGCAGCAGCAGCAGCAGUAGCAGCAGCAACACCACAAUCAAUAUGCCCAUAGCUCCUACCAAUAAGGCACAUGUCCUGGGUGCCCAACAACCCCCUACUUAUCCCAAAAAGGUGGCUCCCUCCCUGCCCUCGGCCAUGAGCACAGAGCGUUCACUCAACGAUGAUGUGGACGUUUCUGAGGACGUUAUUGCCAAGGGUGCUUCCAAUGCUUCGCUCACACGUCGUGAGGAUCAUUUUGAUUACUACAACAGUACGACAUAUGUAAACAAGGACGAGGCUGCAGAGAUGUUGGCCCAAAUGCGUAAUAUUCCCGAAAAUCCAAUGCUCUCCGCAUCGCAUCGACGCGCUAUGACUGUGGAGCUUAAGUUUGAUUUUCCCUUCUAUGGCCACUACUUGCGCAAUGUCACUGUGGCCACCGGUGGAUUCAUCUACACUGGUGACUAUGUGCACUCUUGGCUGGCGGCCACACAGUAUAUUGCGCCACUUAUGGCUAACUUUGAUACCAAUAUCACCCAACAUUCCUAUGUGCGACUAAAUGACAAUGGCACUGCGCUCACUGUAUUCUGGGAUAAUGUGCCACUUCAGGACCGACCGGAUUUGGGCACAUUCACAUUCAGUGCCACUCUCCAUAAAAAUGGCGAUAUUGUCUUUGGCUACUAUCAGCUGCCGAUGCUUAUACAUAAUAUACAGGACAACCAACACCCGGUUAAGGUGGGGCUAUCCGAUGCCUAUAUUGUGGACAAAAUGCUCUACUUUGCGCGACGCAAGACAAUCUAUGAAUAUGAUCGGGUGACUCUGGCCCAGAAAGAGAUAGUCAAUUCGACAAUCAUAAGGAUAACAGCACUGCCUACUUGCCGUAGCUUCUACGACUGCCAAUCAUGUGCAGAUCAUAAUGUGACCAUGAACUGUGCCUGGUGUCCAUCGCUUAAUCGUUGCUCCACCAGCACCGGCAACGAUCGAAAAAAACAGGAAUGGCAGCAAAAGGGCUGCGACCGUUCGGCUAUAACACAUUCGGCCAUGUGCCCGGCCAUUGGCCAACAGGGCAAUAAUGCUGCUGCGCAAGAGACCAGCAGCAACAACAACAAUAACAACAGCAACAGCAACAAAAAUGGUGCUGCAACUGGUGGCAGCUCAACGCCAGCAAACAGCAUUAGCUCAUCUGCCACCGAAUCGACGCUAAGCAGCACACAGCAGCCAACAGCAGGAGCUGGUGCGAGCUCAUCGUCGUCCUCCGCGUCGCAUGAGGCCAAGCAAAUGGAUGAGGGAUUGUCGUCACGUGCAGCUGUCACUGCUGCCAACGAUAAUAAGAACGUUGGCGCUGCCUUUGGCGUAGCGUUGCCCAUUUGCCUCGUGUUUGUCGUUACGCUGUGGCUCUUCUAUGCGUACCGUAAUCCCCACACAAGGAGCGGUCAGUUGCUCAUACAGUCCAAGCAUUUGCAUCAGUUCCGUCCCAGUCAAUGGUCUUGGCGUCGUGGCGAGGCACGCUAUACAGCAGCUACGAUACACAUGUAAACCAUGGACGUCGCUGUUCCCUACUGAAAAUAAUCAUCAGCACAGCAGUUGCAUCCCCUCACCAAGUACUUUUUUUUUUUGUUUUACAAAUUAUGCGCUUUUUUAAAGUCCUAAUUGGUUAGCAGUGUAACACUAACUUUGGUUUGCCGAAGCAAAUGCAACUGCUUGCAGUUAAUUAUUAUUUUUUUUAUCAGUGAUGAUUGAAAACAACAUGAAGAUGAUAAAAGAACAGAAAAGGUGGAAAGUGAAAAAAGAGAAAAAUUCAGUAGAUG